AAAAAAAAAAAGUGAGAGAGUGAGUAACAAAAAUUUCAGUAGAAGAAGGCAGACUGCAGAGGGUUCAAAGAAAGAACACAACUAGAGAAAUAAAUCAGACUACAGAUAUAGAGAAAGAAAGAAGCCAUGGCGAGGGACAGCUGCCUUGCUCGCGUCACAACAGGCGUGGCUGUCGGUGGUGCUGUUGGUGGCGCUGUUGGUGCUGUUUAUGGGACUUAUGAGGCUAUCAGGUAUAAGGUCCCUGGACUUAUGAAAAUUAGGUAUGUUGGGCAAACAACACUCGGCAGUGCAGCCAUUUUUGGUCUUUUCUUGGGAGCUGGGAGUUUGAUACAUUGCGGGAAGUCUUACUGAGAUCCUUUUGUGUCAAGAAGAUUGUCGUCUUUGUGGAGAAUAGCCUUUCACAAGACCUGUAGCAUAGAUCCUUCAUUGGAGGAUGGUUUUUUGUCAUGGAAUAUAAUCUUUUAUUUACGAUGAAUUUUACUGAUCUCUUCAGCUUUCUCAGAAUUCUGAAGUUUGUAUUUGGUUGGAUUGUUACCGGGCAUGUGUAUGGCUUCUUUGAAUGUUUUGAAUUCAAUACUUUCAACUAGUUUGCCUUUUGAGCUCA